GUCAACUACAAGCCCAUUGUUCCGUAAGUGCGUUGAACUUGCUAUCUAUUGGCUUAUUAAAAUGAGCGCUCUGCAGUAGAGAGUGGUUGUUCCCGGGCCACUGCUAACACCUUGUUCUUCCAAUCCUAAAGUGGCCGUAUGUACAAAGUCGCUUUCCGACUACUCGCUCUUGGUAACAGCUGUCCCUGAGAAAAGGUCCUCUGAUGUUUGUCAUACAGAUGUUCUAGUCUUACCUCGACGGGUUGUGCCCCGAUUCUCUGAGCUCACAUCGGAUGAAGUCAAGGACAUGUUCCUCACAGCUCAAAAGGUCGGGGCUGUUGUGGAGAAGGAGUAUAAGGGUGAAUCUUUGACGAUUACACUACAGGAUGGACCGAUGGCUGGCCAAACGGUACCGCACGUCCAUGUCCACAUUAUCCCACGAGUGAAGGGUGAUUGGGCCAAUAACGAUGAAAUCUACCCGGAAAUUGAUAAGAAGGAGAGAGAAAUGAACGCAGAACUCAGUAAAGGAGCAAAGGACAAGAAGGGAGUGGAUAAUGACGAAAGGAAGCCAAGGUCGCUGGAAGAGAUGACGGUGGAAGCCACGGGACUUCGGCCUCACUUCGAGCAGUUUGAGGAUGUGUGGAGUGCUUGAAUGAUUUGGCGUACGAUUCGGCGCUGGUCAAUCCUCGGGUUGCCGAUUAGUUUUCCAAUAUGGUGUAGACUCUCUAGAGUAGUCAGUCGUGAGCAGCUCCUCUGUCUAGGCGUACGCUUCCCUGGAUGAUUUCCAGCCUGCCUUCCCGCUCUGUGUAGACAAACAGAAUAAUAGCAACCGUCUCUUCGAAGCCGUAGUGGGAAACCAGAAUGUUUUCCCGAGAGCCACAUCAAGCACGCAGUCGAU